AUGGAUAUCUUGAGACCGUCUGACAUUGUCUGCCUCAGCCUUUGCAGCCAUUACCUUUUCAACAGCAUCGACACGCACUGGUUGUGGGGGAACAGGGCGUUGAACGUCGACGUCCUCUCCCAGAUAGCAAACCAGGACCAGUACUGCUGCCACUAUUGCAUAGGGCUGCACAGUACCAGAUUGGUAUUCCCUCCAGGGUCAUGGGUUACCGGCGGCGACUGGUGCAGAGGCAGUUUGGCCCUUGGAUUCCGCGAAAACACGUUCGAACCGCUGGGACACAUAUUCGAGGCUCAUUGGGCGCCAACAAAGUACAAUUUCAGGCACAACCACCUUCUAAUAGCCAUGAAAAAUUACUAUCGUGGCAUCAAUACCCAAAUCACAAUCGAGUCUCUGUGCUAUACUGAGGUGCUCAACUGGAAGCAUGACCGCUUGGUAACUACGCUACUCUGUGUUGACGCCUACCCUUGCAUACUCGACAACGAACGCAGAACCCUAGUCCUUCAGAUCCAACAAUGGGUUGUUUAUCGUGGUGGCCGCGAGUCCAUCGGUGAAUUGGGUCUCACAGAAGAGGUUGGUCGUCUGGCCAUUUGUGCCCACAAAUUCCUCAGCUCCCACGACGUACGGCAGUAUAUGCUGCAUGCCCUGAACAGAAGAGGCUGGCGAAGGGGUCAUCUGCCAAGUGGCCUGAGAUGCUGUCCAAUCUGCUGGGUUGACUUCACGAUUGAGCUUCGCGAGUUCGAGACGAACACCAAGGCAAUCGUCAUUACCAAAUGGGUAGACCUUGGAGAUGGACUGGAGCUCAACGAUCCAAAGUGGCACUUGAUCACCAACCAGCGGAUCAAAGCCACCUUGGCUGGCCGCAUAAUGCGUUCUCCAGGUAGGGCCCGUAGGGCACUAGAGGCUACCGACCCCGGAUUCGCGAAACCACCGAGCCUCAUGUGUCUGACGGCUUACAACCAGGCCUUUUUGGAGGGGGAUAAGUACCUGAACUAUAUGGGCUGGAGUACGAACGGCUACUACAGUUGGAGCGGGGAGUUCUACCCACGAAAUCCCCAGGAUCUAAUACUCCGUGUGAUUCCUUGA